CUACAACAUUUCGUUUCAGUCAUAAACGAAAACCUGAGGCGCAAAGUUGUAGUCGCGGCAAAUUGCGAAACUAAACCAAAUAAAAGAAUCGAAACAAAAAAUUCAAAAAAAGAAAACACUGCAACAAAAAAUCACAACAAGUGUCUAACAUUCUUAGGCCGACGUUGUCUAAAUUAAAAAAAAGUAAUUAAGAAUAAAAAAAGAAGAAACAAAAAAAUAAAAACAUUUAAAGCCAACAGAAAACGAAUCCUGUUUUUAAUUUUUCAAGUGGAAAGUGUCUAACAUCAACAACUCGCCGAACCUGGUUAAACCACGAAAUUUAAUAAUUUUAAUACAAAGUGUUUAUAAUUGUUUUUAAAUUUGUAUUAUUUUUAAACUCUGCUAGACUUUGAAAGUCUAGUCGUUUUGGAAAUUGUUGGUUCUUCGCUUGCUGCCGCCAAUUGCUCACACAAAGGUAUUGAAAUGACGCGACCAAAACUUCAAUCGAAAUGUCGCGGUUUUGUGGGCGAAAAUCUCUUAACCAUCCUUACACUGAUCGGUGUCUUUGCUGGCGGUCUGGUGGGUUUUAUUAUCAAAAACUCGACAGGCGAAUGGUCGAAAAGAGAGAUUAUGUACAUAUCGUUUCCUGGUGAAAUAUUUUUAAGAAUGUUAAAAUGUUUAAUUGUGCCAUUGUUGGUGUCCUCAAUUACCAGUGCCAUUGGCGGUCUGGACUUAAGCAUGUCCAGCAAAAUUGCCACCAGAGCUAUUUGCUAUUACUUCAUAACAACCAUAUCUGCUGUGAUAUUGGGUAUUUGUUUGGUGACCACCAUUCGGCCCGGUGAUGGUGCUCAAAUUGUCACAAGCGAAAGGUCAGAGAAGACAGGAGAAGAAGCCUCCAAGGUGAUGACACCCGAUACCCUUAUGGAUUUAGUAAGAAACAUGUUCACCGAUAACAUUGUGGGAGCCACCCUACAGCAGUAUCAAACCAAGCUAGAAGAAAACAAAACGGCAACCGAACCCUUACCCCUCAAUAUGUGGCCUUUCAAGGAGAGCAAACGUGAUGGUUCCAAUGUCUUGGGUUUGGUGAUGUUCAGUAUUAUUUUGGGUACAACCAUUGGUCGUAUGCGUGAGAAGGGUCAAUUGUUGCAGGAUUUCUUCUCCACCUUGAGUGAGGCUAUGAUGAUCAUUACAUCCUGGGUUAUUUGGAUUUCUCCCUUGGGUGUGGCUUUCUUGAUUGCUGCCAAAAUUAUUGAGAUGGAAUCGAUUGCCUCAACCAUUCAAUCUCUGGGUUGGUAUUUCUUGACGGUAAUGUUGGGUCUUAUAUUGCAUGGAUUUGGUACCAUUGCUGUCAUCUUCUUCUUGGGUACCCGUACACUGCCCUUCCGUUAUGUGGCCAAACUCAGUCAGGUGCUGGCCACUGCUUUUGGUACCGGUUCCAGUUCGGCCACCAUGCCUUUGACCAUCAAGUGUCUGGACGGCAUGGGUAUUGAUCCUCGUGUAACACGUUUUGUAAUUCCCGUGGGUGCCACCAUCAACAUGGACGGUACUGCUUUAUAUGAGGCAGUGGCGGCUCUCUUCAUUGCCCAAUUCCGAAAGGUGGACUAUACAUUCGGCAAUAUUGUGGCUGUGAGUAUUACGGCCACAGCAGCCUCCAUUGGUGCUGCUGGUAUACCACAAGCUGGUCUUGUUACAAUGGUCAUGGUAUUGGAUACUGUGGGCCUGCCAGCCAAGGAUGUUUCACUGAUCAUUGCCGUUGAUUGGUUGCUUGAUCGUUUCCGUACCACCAUUAAUGUCAUGUGCGAUGCCUUGGGCACCAUUUUAGUUAAUCAUUUGUCUAAAAAGGAUCUACAAAGUGUGGAUAGGCUAAAUGCCGAACCCCAUGAACUGUUAGAAUUGGGCGCCAAUGGCCAUGAAAAGGAGUAGAUUAUGAUUCGUAACAAGUAGCCAAGUUUAGUAAGGACAUCAUAGCCCCAUCUAAUUGUAAUCUAAACUUAAGAGCGACGUGCUAGCAUUAAUUUUUUUGUACAGACAGAUGAUGUGUUCGCUCCAUUCCAAAAAAAAAAACCAAAGCACGUCUACAUUGUCUUCUAAAUGUGUUUGAAACAAGAACAACAAAAAGAAAACCACAACACAACAAGUAAUUCUAAUUUAGCUUUUAUGCGAAUGUGUGUUUGCCCCAGUGCUGCCAUUGGAUGAAACAAACAUCAUUGUUAAACGAAUUUCCUUAAAAAACAACAAACAAAACAAAACAGAUUAGAAACAAAUUCAAAGCAAUAAGAUCCCAAUUCUACCAAAUUACAACAACAACAUGUGCUUUAGUCUUUAAUACGGAUGCGAUGUUGCAGCAAAAAGAUCUGAAGUUGUACUCCCGAUGGGUGUAUUUUUUCGAAUACAAAUCCUGCAAAAAUGGGUUUAUCUCACAAAACCCAAUUUUCUCGGCAGCUAUAACACCGCAUCCUUGCCGUUGUUGUUCAAAAAUUUAAAGCAUGACCAAAUAUUUACAAUGUAAAUAUUUUCAUACAAUUGAUUAUGAUUGGUUGAGAAGAAACAGAAUUAAAUGCAAUAGAUGUAACCCAAAUGAAUGAUUAAAACUAAUUUAAUCAAAUCUAGAGAAAAUGCAAACAAAUUAGAAUUUAAGAUAGAUCCACAAGAAGAAGAAGAACAAUUUCAAACCACCUUAGCAAGUAUUGGAAAUCACAUUUCGAAAAGUAAACAUCCCUUGCUUUAUAACAUUUUUUUUAAUAUUAACUCAAAUUAUUUUAAGUUUAUACAAAAAUAAUGGAAAAAAAAACAACUCAUGAUUGGUCUACACUCUCAUUGUAUUUUUUAUAUAUAUUUAUAAUAUAUUUGUAUACUUUUCGGCCAAAAUUAAGUUCAAUUUAAUAAAAAAAAAAAAUAAAAAAUCGAAAAAAAAAAACUCCAAACUAAAUUUCCAACGUCUUCACAUUUAUCAUUCAUCUAUAUGCAUCAUCCAGCAGAUACUAUCAACCUAUAGCCAAAUAUAAACUCUAUUAUAACCAUGUUUUCCCUUUCUAUUGUGUAAAUACUUAAUAGUAUAAGUAUUCGAUAUAUACAUACAAAUAAAAUGACAAUAAAUAUAAAAAUCAGUCUAUUGAGAAUCCACCAUUCAAACCAAUGAUAUAAUCCACCGCACAAAACAACAACAUAGCAAUUGUCAUCCUGGAGCCAACCAGGAAGAUGGGAAUCCACUUGCCCAAUUUUAUAUUAGAAUUGUUACUAAAAACGAUUGGUGAUAUUAUCUGAUAGUAAGUUACAACAACAACAAAA